CGAUCUUUGAGCUCAACAUGGCACGACCGGCGCUAGUCUCGCUCUUGGCCCUAAAGGCCGCAACUGGAUUCGCGCCUACGAAACCGAUGAAGCGUGCCUUUUCACUGUUCGCUGAGAAUUCUGAAGCAUUUCCUUUUCUGAACCGCCCGGAGAAACUCGACGGUCUGUCGGUGUCGUUUAUGUCGACUAGGACACUUAUUCUGGUAGGCACGAUGAUCGGCGACGUUGGGUUUGAUCCGCUCCGACUUGCUGAGGUGCAGGUGGACCUAAGUUACGCGCGUGGUGCUGAAAUAAAGCACGGGCGCAUUGCAAUGCUCGCAACUGUCGGAUUCCUCGUACAAGAAUAUGUUCACCUUCCUGGAGAGGCCUACCAAAAUUCGCAACCGCUCAAGGCGCCGUGGACUGUGCCAUGGGCAGCUAAUUUCCAGAUCUUGCUACUUGCAGGCUGCGUCGAGCUUGCCACUGCAGACAAGACUUACGGCGACACACCGUGGGACCUCGGAUUUGACCCACUCUGCUUCCAGGAGGGCAAGUCACAAGCAGAACUUGAUGACCUUGCUCUCAAGGAGCUCACAAACGGCCGUCUCGCUAUGAUGGCCUUCGUCGGUAUGACAGUCCAGACGCUACUCUUUGACAAGCCACUCCUCUCCUUUUCGUAGCAGUGUCUUGGCCUGAGUGUUCCAGGUAAUCUGGACAUAUUCCGAUUGGUCGCGGACGGAACCCUCAGUAUCAGCCAGCCUAUCCGCAAUAUGCGGCAUGGAGUAAAUUUGCCGCGAGCCCUGGGUCCGAAAUCACACACCAAUUACCCAUGAUUAACGCCACAAAAAACGUGGCCCAGGAACCCGCGGUCAAUCACGCGCGACCCUGGCGCGACCCCCCCCGCCUGCCGACCCGUCUGGUUAUUGACUGAGUCGCCAGGACGAGUUGGACACGGGAAACCCAACGAAGCUGAGUUUUAGAGCUGAGUUUGCGACUUGCCCCCCUCCUUAGUCGCCCUUAGGAGCCCCGGGCCUGGCGCCAUCUCUGC